AUGGCUUCCAAGGUAUUAGCUUUCACUAUCUUGCUGGUCUUUGCAGUAGCGCAAAGCAACCCUGGCUAUGGAAUUCCUGAAGACUACAAGGGAUAUAAGCCAGAAGGGACAGAUUAUGGUAAUAAUUCUGGCUCUGACAAAGGAUCAGAUAAUGGACAGGCACAUCCAGAUCACCCAUUCCACGACAAAGAAAUAGGAGUGCCAGGAGGCGACAAAAAAGAGACGGCCGCUGAGCCAGUCAAUUUAAUUGCUGAAGAUAUUGCACUUGAAUCUCCAGCUGAGGAAACUGUGGAAGAGGCGCAAGUGACUGAAGAAGCAGCCCCAGAGGAAACUUCAGUAGAAGCCACUAUAGAAGAAGCAGCCACCACUGAGGAAGGUGCUGCAGAAGAAGCAGUUUCGGAAGAAUCCAAUGUUUCGACCGAUAAUCAAGAAGCUGUCACCGAGGAAGCUCCUGCUGAGGAGAAUACAACUGAAGAAGCCACCACUGAGGAGGUCACUGAGGAAGCUACCACUGAGGAGCAAGCUGUAGAGGAGGCUGCUGAAGAAACAUCAGAAUCUCAGCCAGAAGAGACUACAGGUGAAGCUACUGAGGAGGCUACUGAAGAGGCAGCUACAAGUGAAGUGACAGAAGAAACAACUGAAGAGGCAGCUACAAGUGAAGUGACAGAAGAAACAACUGAAGAAAGCAGCGAAGAAACUGGUGAAGCUGUUGUAGAUCCUCUGCCAGAAGAAACCACUGAAACAACUGAAGAGGAAUCUGAGCCAACUGAAGAAGCCUCUGAACCAACAGAAGAAACUUCUGAACCAACUGAAGAAACCUCUGAACCAACUGAAGAAACCUCUGAGCCAACUGAAGAAACCACUGAAGAACAAGAAGAAGAGGAUCAGCAAGAUCAGCAAGGCCAAGAAGAACAGGAAGAGCAAGAACAACAAGAACAACAAGAACAGCAAGAGCACCCUUCACAUCCUUAUCACGACCAAGAAGCCAAGAACCAAACUGAGUCAGCAGUAGAAGAAGAGGGUGAAGAAGAAAAAGAACCUCAAGAACACCCUUCACAUCCUUACCACGACCAAGAAGCCAAAAACCAAAACCAAACUGAAUCAGCAGGAGAAGAAGAAGCAGCAGGCGAAGGUAAAGGAGAACAUCCAGAACACCCAUUCCACGACACUGAAGCUGAAAGCAAACAAAAUCAAGAUAAAGACUGGCAAGGAGAAUAUAACCAAAGCGGCGACCAAGCCAACCAAACCUCAGGCAGCUAUGACCAAGGCUCUCAAAAUAAAGACUACCAAAAAUACAACCCUUAUAAAGGAGACUGGAAAGGUGGCUAUCAAGGAGAAGACUGGCAAUGGGGGUGGCAAGGCAAGAAGCCUGAAGAAGGGGAAGAAAAGCCAAAAGGACCUGGAGGAGACUAUCAAGCUGACCAAGGAGCUGAAUACCAAAAAGAUAACCCAGGCAAAGAAUGGACUGAAAGCCAAGCUCCACAAGGCAGCGAAUGGAGCGCUGAUAACGCUGAAGACUGGAAAUACGGCUAUGCUGGUCCAGAGGACGCCAAGGAAGGAAACUAUGGACAAGACCCAGAAAAGUGGCAGUCAGCUGGAGAUUCUUAUAAGCCAGAGCAAACAGCUGCUGUCCAAGCCGACAACAUUGAGAUGAUCUAUACUACCAAAUCAGUUGUAUCUUCCAAGGCUAAGCAGGCUAAUUGGGGAAUGCUUGUUAUUCAGUUUGGAAUUGUAGGAGUAGUAGCAGUAAUUGCUAUCAAAUUCUUUUUGAGCAGAAGAGCCAAGAAGCUUAGAAGCGUUAAAUAUGCAAUCGAUGAAGGAGAAUCAACAGUACCUUAUGCUCCUCUAAUAACUAUUUAA